AUGAUAAAUUUGCAGCUGCAUACACCAAAAGCGGAAUAUACGGAAGAAGAAAAGAAUCUUUCAAGGCAAUUAUAUUAUUAUUCAGCCUCUGCAUUUUGUCGUUUAAGAAAGGCAGGUUGUAAUUUUCCUGCACAACGAACUCUUAGGACAUGGGUGGAAGAAUACGAUAUGAGACCCGGAUUUUGCAAUUUUAUAUUUGAAAAAUUAAAGGAAAAAAUGUCUCAUUUACCACCAGGAGAAAGAAUAUGUGCUUUAAAAUGGGACGAAAUGUCCAUAAAAAGUUAUGAAGAAUUUUCGCUUAAAUUGAAUCAAAUAGAAGGCCUUGUUGAUCUUGGACCCUUAGGAAGAAAAUUUGAAAGAGCUAAAUGUGUAUUUGUAUUUUGUAUAGACGGUUUAAAUGCGCAACGUCCAUGGCGUCAACCUUUGGCAUAUUUUCUUCCAGAAAAAUGUAUGAAGGCAGAAGAAAUAAUUACCUUAUUGGAAGAAUGUCUAGAUAGAUUAAGUGAAACAGGUGCUGAUGUACAACUCUUAACAUGUGAUCAAGGCACAUCUAAUCAAA